GGAGCAGCAAUGGUUGGUCCUGACGGUGGCUGAGCCCCCAGCCCCUGGAAUAUGCAGCCCGGGGGGGCCCCAGGCAGCGGCGAGGACGCGGCGGCGGAGUGGGGCGGGAGGCAUGGUCUCCACCUACCGGGUGGCCGUGCUGGGGGCGCGAGGCGUGGGCAAGAGUGCCAUCGUGCGCCAGUUCCUGUACAACGAGUUCAGCGAGGUCUGCGUGCCCACCACCGCCCGCCGCCUCUACCUGCCUGCUGUCGUCAUGAACGGCCACGUGCACGACCUCCAGAUCCUCGACUUCCCACCCAUCAGCGCCUUCCCUGUCAACACGCUGCAGGAGUGGGCAGACGCCUGCUGCAGGGGACUCCGGAGCGUCCACGCCUACAUCCUGGUCUACGACAUCUGCUGCUUUGACAGCUUUGAGUACGUCAAGACCAUCCGCCAGCAGAUCCUGGAGACGAGGGUGAUCGGCACCUCAGAGACGCCCAUCAUCAUCGUGGGCAACAAGCGGGACCUGCAGCGCGGACGCGUGAUCCCGCGCUGGAACGUGUCGCACCUGGUGCGCAAGACCUGGAAGUGCGGCUACGUGGAGUGCUCGGCCAAGUACAACUGGCAUAUCCUGCUGCUCUUCAGUGAGCUGCUCAAGAGCGUCGGCUGCGCCCGCUGCAAACACGUGCACGCCGCCUUGCGCUUCCAGGGCGCGCUGCGCCGCAACCGCUGCGCCAUCAUGUGA